AUGGAUCCUUCCUCCGCCCUCUCCCGGGGCUGGCUUCAAGCCACGUUCUUUGGCGAGGAGGCCGCCACAGAGAAAUUUCCUAGUCCAGUCGUCCAGAUCUUGGUCGUGAAAAGCAUUCCUACCGAAGGUGGUGUCGAUAGGCAUCGUCUCGUCCUGAGUGACGGAGAUUUGUUCUGCCAGGCCAUGGUCGCAACCCAGUCUCACUACCUCAUUGCCGACCAACAACUAGAGCCCCUCAAGAUUGUUCGGAUCAAGCAAUAUCAGAAGAAUGUGAUUAAGCAGAAGCGCAUUAUGGUGAUUCUCGACCUUGAGCUACCUUCGGUUGGCCAGGAGGACCAGAUCCAGCCCAUUGCUGGCGCCAGCUUUUACGGCAACAAGACGGAAGAGAAGAAGCCCCCGCGGCCCUCCGACAAACCCAACCUCAACAUUUAUCCCAUCGAGGCGCUCUCCCCAUUCUCUAGCAAAUGGACCAUUCGGGCUCGUGUGAGCGCCAAGUCGGAUAUCAGAACCUGGCAUAGGAACAAUACCGAUGGAAAGCUCUUCAGCGUCAAUUUGCUUGACGAGACCAGCGAGAUCAAGGCCACUGGCUUCAACGAACAAGUCGACGAGUUCUACAACCUCCUCCAGCCCGGCCAAGUCUAUUACAUCUCCACCCCUUGUAGGGUUCAGUUCGCCAAGAAGCAGUUCACAAACCUUCCCAACGAUUACGAGCUGACAUUUGAGCGGGGAACCAUUAUCGAGAAAGCUGAUGAUCAGUCCAGCGUGCCCCAGCUACGUUUCGCAUUCUGCAACCUGGCCGAUCUUGAGAAGGUGGAAAAGGAUACCACCGUGGAUGUCAUUGGCGUCCUGACAAAGGUGCACGACGUCGCGAGUCUCGUAUCUAAAACCACAAAUAAGCCAUAUGACAAGCGUGACCUCACCCUUGCCGACGACAGUGGCUUCGAUACUCGCUUGACCAUUUGGGGCAAGCAGGCCACCUCAUUCGACGUCAAACCUGAGUCAGUAAUUGCCUUCAAAGGUGUCAAGGUCUCCGAUUUCAAUGGACGCAGUCUCAGUCUUCUCAACUCUGGCACCAUGUCUGUAGAUCCCGAUAUCCCGGAUGCCCAUCGUCUCAAGGGCUGGUAUGAUUCACAAGGCCGGACGCAGGCGUUUUCGAAUCACAGCAACCUGGGCGGAAUGGGGAAGGCGACGGGGCGUAAGGACGAUACCAAACUGAUAAGUCAGGUCAAGGACGAAAACCUCGGCAUGGGCGACGAGCCGAGCUACUUCUCUCUCAAAGCGACCGUGGUAUUUAUAAGGCAAAAGAGCUUCUGCUACCCCGCUUGCUCCAACACAGCAGCCACCCCACCCUGCAACAAGAAAGUUGAGAAGAUUAGCGAUGAUGCGUGGCGCUGCGAGAAAUGCUCCAUGAACUUUCCCAAACCCAGUUAUCGCUUCAUCCUCGGCAUCAACGUUGCCGAUCAUACUGGACAAACGUGGCUCAGCUGCUUUGACGAUGUUGGCCGCCUGAUCACGGGGACGACAGCUGACCAGAUCAUGGAGGUCAUGGAGGACGGCGGCGAGGCUGCAGCGGCUCACAUCUUUGAAGAGUCAAAUUGCCGCACGUAUAAUUUUAGAUGUCGUGCCAGGAAGGAAAUCUUCCAGGAGACGGAAACUGUCCGGUACCAAGUCCUCAGCGCAACACCUGUGGAUUUCAAGGCGGAGGGUAACAAGCUCGCGGAGCUCAUCAAGCAGUACAGCAUCAACUAG